CCCAUGUCCAGCAUUUCACAGGGAGGCAACUCCAGGCCCUGGGAAACAAUUCAGGCCAAUUGCAGUAUAGAAUUGAUUAAUGUUUUCCAGCUACAACAAUGAAGAUGUUUAGUGGAGGUCCCAAACUAACAAAUUGGCUACCAAGCAAACCCACAAACUAGCUGUAUUUUAGCAGGGGUGGGGAAAUCCAAUUCUGGGGGGUUUUUUUCAUAAAAGUUCAAAGUUGUUUUUUCCCUUCUCUCGUGUUCUUGAAGACUGAGACAAACCCAGCUACAGCCUCUGGAGCGUGGACAGAUAUAGAGCUGGCAAAUGGAUCCUUCCAUGAGCAGCUGCAUGCGGAGUCCCCAUCCCAAUACCCCACUUUGGGGGUGUCUACGGAACGGCACCACGGAGGUCAGCACUGCAUCCGGGCUGAAUCAUUACCCUCAAGCACCUUUCUCAUUCCAUCAAAAACCAGACUUUGCUACAUAUUCCGAUUUCUCAGCCUCCUGCCUGGCCACUGCGCCCCACAGCUUCCCUCGAGAGGAACGCGGGUUUGCAGAGCAGCAUCCUUCCUUCCAGCCUUCCGACUGGCACUUUGCAGCCUCUGAGGCCAGAAGGCGACUAAAUCCUGGACUGGCUUUGGGUUCUGGGGAGCUAGAAGGUGGCAGCCCAAACCUGGUGGGUGCUGCAGAGAGUGUGAAUGAAGAGUAUGGGGUACCAGGCAACAGUACUAAUGAAACUGAGAAAAAGGCUUCCAGAAGGAAAAAGGAAAACUCAGAAAACCAGGACUCCAGUAGCAAGCCAGAAGCCAGCAGCAAAGCACGGAAGGAGAGAACAGCUUUCACCAAGGAGCAGCUGCGGGAAUUAGAAGCAGAAUUUGCUCACCAUAACUAUUUGACAAGGCUCAGGAGAUAUGAGAUAGCAGUGAACCUGGACCUCACUGAGAGACAGGUUAAAGUGUGGUUUCAAAACCGAAGAAUGAAGUGGAAGCGUGUUAAAGGUGGGCAGCCAGUGUCCCCUCAUGAGCAUGACCCAGAAGACAUGGACUCUGCUGCCUCCCCAAGCUCUGAGUAGUCCCUCUGCAGCAGUAGUCCACUGACUAUGGGAAGGACUGUUGAUCAGAACAUUGAUGCCAUAUAGUUCAGAAGCAGCUGCAUGAUUUUCAGACACCCCUCCUUGUCCUCUUGUGCCGUUCUAAGGACUGUCAUGUCUCGCCACUCAGAGGUGACUGUGCAAGGCCCAGGGGAGUGAUAAGAGAAAGGUCUGGCUUUGAUUUUUGUCUGAAUGAACCAAGAUGUCCAGCACUGUCUGAACAAUGCCAGUGUAUAUACAAUGCUAACUAAAACCACUGAAUAUGAAGUAGAAAUAAGGCUGCCUAAAGCUGGCUUUCUAAGAACGUGGCUGUAAACCCUCAGAAAAUGCAUGUUUCAAGGCAGCAUUUUUAGAUCAAGCAAACUAGUUAUACAGCUUCCCAUUUUAUAAUCUUUAAAAAAAGUGCAGACCCAACUUAUAUACAGGCCUGUGCCUGCUAUUUGUGGAAGAGAUCAUGUCCAGAAAGACAUGGAUUUCCAUUAGAGAGCUAAGAUGACAGGUACUUUGCUAAUUCCAAAAGUUUGUUUAAUUACUCUUACUGGAUACCGUUGAAGUUCCUUGAGCAUGUCAAGAAUCACCACUCUUCUGGACCAGAAGGUGAACUGUGUUUUGGUAUAUCUUCUAAAAGAAAGCUAUUCCUUUCUGUUGUGUUCCUCAUAGUUGCCUGUGGACCUCCUCUCGGUAUUUACCUUUGUGUCCUUGGUUAGAGCUCAGGACUGUUUGGACAAACAGGAAACAGUGUCCUGUGAAAUGACUUAGUUGAAUUAAUUUGUCUUAUUUUCUUGUUUCUUUUCCUUUUUGGUGAAAGAACUUUCUUCAAAUAAGCAUGCGUGUGUGUCUGUGUGUGUGAAUUAUGUAUAAAUAUGUGUCCAUAAUGCUGUGUGUUGUGUGGAUAAAUAUUUACUAUACAUGCAUUCCUUCUCAAUAGCUGAGCUGAUCAAAUUAGUUAUUCAUUAUCUGAACAAUUUAGUCAUUUUUUCUACCUGGAAACUUUCUGUGAAGAGCUUGAUUUUUGUGAAUUGAUUUGCCAUUUGCAGCUGUUUGGAUAGCUGAUGCAAACAGAUUUUUGCCUAUGAAUUGUUUGCAUACUGUUCAUUUUUAACUGUUUGUAUUUUGUGAUUGGCUGUCCAUGCCACAUGAAAUUGGUUUUUGAUCCCCUGAUGGGAUGACAGACUUUUUAAAACAGGAGACUAGUGAACAGUAAAUGAAGGAAAGGAGGCAUUUAAUAACUAAUUCUCUUAUGUGUGUACAACCAUUUCAGUGUUGAAAUAUAGGUGCUAGUGUGAAGAGCAACACUUCCAAACAUCAAUGUAACAAAACACAGACACACACAGGUGGGGGCAUCAUCAUCAUCAGUCAUUCUCGUAUCAUGGGACUGCCAUGAACGAUAACUAGGGUUGUUUAGCUCAGUGGAGGCAAUACAUUAUCUAGGAGAUUUCUGCAAGAUCUUUUGAUAGAAGGUGAACGAGCGACAACAGAAAGGAAUUGUGCCAACUUACAAAAGUGCAUUUGCACCUUGAGGAGACUAAUGUAUGAAGCUAUCCUAAGAUAAAAAAAGAAGUGUAUACAGGCAAAUUAGUUCUACCACAGGAUAAACUGACCAAGGUCAACCUUUACCCACAAGUUGACCUCAUGGUAAACCCUUGCCAGCUAAGAGUUUUAACUUGAGACUUCUCAUGUAGAUUAGUUACCCCAAGAUUUAAAAAAAAAAAAAGUUUUGUAGCAGUCCAGGAAAUCUAAGUCUUGUAAACAGAAACAGUAAGGACUUAGUUUGUGUGAGGCAUGGGCGACUAAUGCCUCCUGAGUCACGGGGGGCACUUACCCCCCCGCCCCCAACUGGACAGUCAGCAACCUAGAGGGGUCCCCUAGCAGCCAAUCCCUCAGGCUGGGGGGGUUCCCCCCCACAGCCAAUCCUGCCUACCCGCAACUGGCAGUGGUGCGCCGCUGGCACUUCUGGGACGCUGGGACAGGGGGUACACCAGCGUUCUCAGGGCAUGUACAUGAACCCCCUACGCAUUGCCGCUGGUGUGAGUUAUAAGGUAUCUGAUGCAAGAGUUUUUGCAAAUGUGCGCUAUGGAUACUAGUGUGAUUCAAAACUGUGCAGUUCUGUUCUUCCCUUUAGCACAGGCUGGAGGCAUUUCUCAGUGUUUGGUUAUCUCUUCAUUUGGGAGAGAUAAAUUGGCAUUUUACCAAACCCUUUAAGUGAAUCCCUAAUACUGAGACACUGGUGCUCUUUUUUGUAGUUAAAUAAAUAAGAAAAUUGCCAGUACAUCAUUUUGAUUUUAUCUCAGGAUCUUUAAAAGGCCCUGGCAGCCCCAGAUGUUUCAACAAUGUUACCUGAAAUUGGCCUCUUUUCUCAAAAGUUUGUUUUAUAUCAAAUUACUGUAUGAAUAGUUUUAGGGAAAAAUAGUGAUAGCUUCCAUAAAAUCUAAUUCCUUUUGUCUCUUUAUUUUGUAUUUUCUAAUGUAAUAUUUCCAUAUCAUAACAAAACAUCACUCUUAACAUUCUGAAAACAAUAUAUGAAAUGUUAAUUUUUAAAGUACUGAAGAUCAUAUAUAAACAUUUCAAGCUAUUUGCUAUCAGAUGAUUUCAUGCUGUUUGCACAUUCCUGGAAGCCAGUAUUAUACUAUUGCAUUUUGAUUUUACUCUCAUACACUGUUAAUGAGUUUUAACAGAUCCAAGAUGCUCCACCAAACACUGAUCUCUGCUUCUUUAUACCCAAUUCCUAAGCAUUGCAGAUAUGUUUGAACACCUGCUUUCAUAUCUGGAUGACCAAUUUAAAAAUAUAGUUGUUACACUUUGUAAAAGAUUUCCAGAAAUAUAUAUACAAAAAUUAAUGUAACCAAGAAUACAGGAUCCUUUUAAAAAACUAAAAAUAUUGUGUCCACCCAUCACGAUUACUUCCUUUCUUUUGAAAUAUCCAAUUUUUUGUGAGACUUGUGAAAAAAAAGAAAGCUAAAAUGCAUAUUUGCAUAUAAUGGCUUAAAAAUAAAGUAACUCAGAGAGGGAAAAGAUAUUUCUUUAUUCAAACAAUAAAGCCUGAAGGGAAUAAAAAAAUAGGGAAAUUAUAUUUUUA